UUACAUUAUUAUUGAGCUUUAUUUGCUUAUCGGAACCGAAAGCAAAAUGAGAUUUCGACUUACAUGCUGGAUGUUAUUACUGAUAUACUAUCCACGAUAUAUCAACAGCUCUUGUGUAAAACAGGCAGUUGAGGAAGGUCGAAAGUGCAGAAAGUCAUGUUCAGUUGACAGUGAUUGUACCUCAAAAGGUGGCCUCAAACGUUGCAGGUGCGAUGGCGCGUGUGGUAUGUCUUGUUUCAACCCAGAUGCGUUGUGCCUAUCAGAACCAGAUGAUAUUCCUAACGGUUUUAGAACAUGGAACAAGCUUACUAUGGGAGGAAAGGCAACCUACCGAUGUAACACUGGAUUUAUAUUAAAAGGCGAUUUUGAAACCGUUUGCUGUGCUGACAAGAAAUGGCAUGGCCCACCACCUACAUGUGAAGCUGGAUGUUUGCUACCAUCAAACACAGGAAAUUCGUUUCCUAAUGUUUCAGAAGAAACUGCAGCAGUUGGUGAAGUAAUUCCUUUCAUUUGUAAUACAGGUUAUCAUAUGACCGGUGACGGCGAUCGAACUUGUCAAGUAAAUGGUCAAAUGUCCCGUGCGGAAUAUUCUUGUAGUAUUCAAGUAUGCGACACUCUGCCAACAGUUCAUAAUGGACACAUAAUCAUGGAAUCUUCACUUACCUUUGAAUCAACUGUAAAGCUAGUUUGUGACACCGGGUAUGAACCUGAAUCAGAAGUCACCACCCUUCAAUGUCGUGCCGGAGCUUUAAAUUCUGCUAGUGGAAAAUGGUCACCUGCCGAUCAUUUUCCAGAAUGCACAGCGGUAAAGUGCGGUUAUCCCCGUGAUCCAAAAAACGGCCGAGUAUUGCAUAGAGACGGUAAUUGGGAAUAUGGAAAUCGAAUUACGUACAAUUGCAAUACUGGUUAUAAAUUAAUUGGGAGUGAUAUAGCAAGCUGCGGAGCUGAUGCAACAUGGGGUGAUUUGCCGUUUUGCGAGAUCGAUCCUAACUGUGGUUUUGAAGAGUUUUCUGAACCUACAUGUGGCUAUUCAAAUCCAUAUCCACGAUGGGAAAGAAUAUAUACCUCAUCACAAUACGAUGGAAUCCCUGGUUACAUUAUUCGUGCUACCACAAGUGGAACAGAAUUGAUAUCAGCUGAAAUACCUGAUGACUGGAGUUCUGGGAAGAUGUGCUUACAGUUUCGUUACAAGUUGUUGGGCAAAUCAAGCCUACUGACUAUAUCAUCAACGUCAACCUCGUUCACUGCAUUUUGGGGAAAUCACAUCAAUGAGGCGAGAAACACUUGGUUGGAUUCUCUGGUGAACAUUGAUUCAUCAACAUCUAUCCAAUACAAAUUUGAAGCGAAUCAACCAACAGUUGAAUUGGAUGAUGUUCAAGUAAAAAAAAGCGGUUGUUUUGAACAUUGUAAGAGUUACACUUGUCAAAAUGGCGGAUCCUGCGUGAAUAGAGCAAACGAUUACACAUGCUUCUGCACAGUUGAUUUUGAAGGAAAAACAUGUGAUAAAGAUUUGAAAUGCGUCGAACCAGUCGAAUGGAUUCAGAAUGGUCGAUUGUUACGCAACAAUACUGGCCCUCAUAAUCUGUAUAUUACGGGAACAACUGUUACAUAUGGCUGCAACGCUAAGUUUAAAAUAUUUGGCAAAUGUGAUAUUCAAACAGAAGAAACAAUUACUUGCACAAAAGAUAGUUGGGGAGGUGACAGUUUCUGGCGAAAAAAUCCCAGGGACAUUAGAUGCAUAUAUAAAACUUGCACAAACCCACCAACUGGAUCUCGUCAAAAGCUUAUUGACGAAACCAAGCACUCUUGGAAAGUUGGAGAAGUUGCAUCAAUUGAAUGCAAAGAUGGAUAUGAAUUUGUCUCCCAUAAUCCAACAACUACAUUGACCUGUGGAAAUGAUGAACAAUGGAUUGGAAGUGUUACAGAAUGCACAGAUGCCAUAUGCACAGAACCGACUAAACAAGUUCCCAACGGAUAUCGAUCAUAUAAGAGUUGGAGGUGGUUUAUUACACCCCUAUCUAAAGCAACAUAUACUUGCAAUAAAAACUAUAAAUUAUCAGGAUAUGAUGAAAUUAAAACUACAAUAAAGAUAACUUGCAUUUGGGACUGGUCGUUAUUCAGAAGCAUGUGGAUUCCUAGCGUGAAUAGCAUAGGCUGCACCGAUAUAGUUUGUCCAGCUCCAAAUGUCGGUCUUCAUCAAUUAUUAUCCUCAAGUAGGUAUAAGGUAUGGAAAGUUGGAUAUGUUGCAGAGUAUGAAUGCCAUACGGGUUAUGAAUUUCCUCCCAACAAUCCAAUAACAUCAAUUACAUGCCGAGAAGACGAAACAUGGAGUGGUAGAGCAUCAGAUUGCCAAGAAAAUGUGAAAUGUGCAAAUCCUGAUGAAGUGAGUAUAACAAAUGGAUAUCUCGUAUCUAGUUCAUCGGCGCCGUUCUAUCCUGGCUCUUCUGCCACAAUUUUGUGCAACCCAAAUCAUAAGAUUUCAGGUCAGCAGGGCAUAAUUAAAUCGAUUGGUUCAACAUGCUUUGAAAGGCCUGAACCACGAAUAGGAAGUGAAUGGAGUUUGUCUUCGAUCGAAUGCGAAGAUAUAGUUUGUCCAACUCCUAACGUCGGUCCUCAUCAGUUCUUAACCUCAAGUAGGUACAAAUGGAAAGUUGGGUAUGUUGCAGAGUAUGAAUGCGAUACGGGUUAUGAAUUUCCUCCUAACAAUCCAAUAACAUCAAUUACAUGCCGAAAAGACGAAACAUGGAGUGGUAGAGCAUCAGAUUGCCAAGAAAAUGUGAAAUGUGCAAAUCCUGAUGAAGUGAGUAUAACAAAUGGACAUCUCGUAUCUAGUUCAUCGGCGCCGUUCUAUCCUGGCUCUUCUGCCACAAUUUUGUGCAACCCAAAUCAUAAGAUUUCAGGUCAGCAGGGCAUAAUUAAAUCGAUUGGUUCAACAUGCUUUGAAAGGCCUGAACCACGAAUAGGAAGUGAAUGGAGUUUGUCUUCGAUCGAAUGCGAAGAAAUAUUAUGUGAUUCUCCUCCAGUUCAAAAUAAUCACGUUGAGCCGGAGCCCACACAUUGGUCAGUAGGAUACAUCCACACUUACACAUGCAAACCUGGAUACAAUUUUUCCUUCAACGUUACUGGAGCAACAAGCGAGUGCAGUUCAGAUGGAACUUGGUCAGAUCCGCCACUGGAUUGCAUUGAAUAUACGAGAUGCAAAAUUCCUCAUGAGUUCAAUAUUUCUAAUGGAGUAGUGGAACCCACAGACAUUGAUACAUUCUAUCCCCAAUCGACAGUAAGAAUCACGUGUGACAAAAAUGACAUAGUUGCUGGCACAGACAACAUUACAGUUCAUACUGAUAUUGUUUGUACGAAAAGGCAGGGGAAAAACAUUGGAAGUGAUUGGCUGCCAAAUAUCUUAGACAUCAUUUGUGAAGAGAUUGUUUGCAAAAACCCGCCAAUGAAUGAAAAUCAUUAUAAUAAGACUGCGAAGCAGUCUUGGAAAGUAGGUGAAUCAUACACCUAUGAAUGCAAACAAGGAUAUGUUUCUGCACCGCAUGCUACAACAACAAAUAAAUGCAGUGAAAAUGGAAGUUGGAGUGUGACUGAUCCUACUGAUUGUGUGGAAGAUAUGUCAUGUGGAAAACCUCCUUUGCCCAAGCGAAAUGAUUAUUCUGAACGAAUAAUACCGGUCGAUACAGGAAAUGGACAAUUUUUCCCGGGUGAAAGUGCAAUGUACAGAUGUAAUGAUCAUUUUUAUCUCAACAAAGCAAAGGACAAUGUACAGAAUAUUUCUUGAACAAAAGUCGAUUUUGGAAGUAAAUGGAAACCAGAACUAACAAGAUGUAGACCAAUCAAAUGUCCAAAGAUUGAGGAAACGGAAUUAUUAUCUUUUACUUAUAAUGAUAAAUCUCGAAAAUUUGAUACAAUUGCAACAUUCUCGUGUGAACUGAAUCAUGUUCUGGAAGGCCACCACACAUUGCAAUGCUUAAAAACUGGGAACUGGUCAGGCCCAUUUCCUGUAU